AUGUACCGAACCAAUAUCGAUUGUGCAGAGGCGGGUCGAUUCAGCGGCAAGAUGGUGGUCAGUAUGCGCCCGAUGCUAGCCGCCGAUGCCAUCCGUGCCGUGCAAAUCUGCACACGGUUUCCAUCGGUACACGGCGCGCCGAUUCAUUUUGGCAACCCUGAUUUAAUCGGUAUCGCCGAUCUCAGCGAACCCGAAUUUGGCGAUGCUGUGACCAUCCGCGAUAACGAAGUACCGGUAUUCUGGGCUUGUGGUGUGACGCCGCAGGUAGCACUCGAACAGGCCAAACCACCUUUUUGCAUCACCCACUCACCGGGUUGCAUGCUGGUAACUGACUUGCCCAACAGCCACCUGGCUGUGAUGUAA